CCUCCCACUUUCACUUUAUAAAAUCUCGGCCAAUUUUUCACCUCCAGUCCGUCUUCCAUCACCAUGCGUUUAAGAUUAGGCGACACUGUGCCCAAUUUCAAGGCCGAGACAACGCAAGGCCCCAUCCAGUUCUACGACUGGCAAGGCGACAAAUGGGUAGUUUUAUUCUCGCACCCGGCCGACUUCACGCCCGUGUGCACCACCGAAUUGGGGCGCAUUGCCGUCCAUCAGCCCCAUUUCGCCAAACGCAAUGUGAAACUGCUUGCACAUUCGUGCGACAAGCUCAAAGACCACGUCGAUUGGGUUAAUGACAUCAAGUCGUACUGUCGCGACAUUCCCGGGGAAUUCCCCUACCCCAUUAUUUCGGACGAGAGGCGCGAAUUGGCCGUGAUGCUGGACAUGAUCGACCAACAGCAUAAGGACGAUAAACAGAGGGCGCUCACAGUGCGAGCGCUCUAUAUUAUAGAUCCCAGGCACGUUUUGAGACUUUCGAUGCAUUAUCCGCAAUCAACCGGUCGGAAUGUCGAUGAAAUUUUGAGGGUCAUUGAUUCGCUCCAACUGGUGGAUAGAGUACCACAAGUGGCGACGCCUGCCAACUGGGUUCCGGGCGAAAAAGUGAUGAUUCUCCCAUCAGUCAAGGAGGAGGAAGCCCAGAAAAUUUUUGGCGGGAAAGUUGACAAGGUUACAAUGCCCUCGGGCAUUGUCUAUGUGCGCACUACCACGAAUUAUCAAUAAUUCAAAUAAAAAUCAAAGAUAAGAA